AGCGGUCAUACCUAAAAAAGCGCGGGAAAGUUCGCAAAGAAAACAUGGCGGCUGCUAGUGGAACGAUAACAUUCGAAGAUGACAUCGCAGCCGAUGGUGGAGCGGAAAACGCCAUAGACGAUAUAUUUGGAGAUGAUGACCCGUUCAAUAUUCCUGAGCCUUUACCUGCGUUAGACCCUGGAGAUAGUUUACUUGGUCUAGAUCCUUCAAAUGAAGAUGAUGAAUCGAAGAAAUCAGACAAGAAAAAGGUUGCAAAGAAGCGAUCGCCAAUGCCUAGACUCAACGAGGCGAGGCUGUGCUCAGAUCGGGGCAUUCCUGCAUUGGUUCAUCUAUGUGACAAUAUCAAGUUCAAGGGAAAAGGCCACGAGGCGUCAGAUGUCAAGGUGUUACUGCAGAGAUUUGAGCACUGGGCACAUCGCUUGUACCCUAAGUUCCCUUUUGAAAAUGUCAUCGAGCAGGUGGAAUCUCUUGGGAAAAAGAAGUUAGUCCAGAAUGCCAUCAAGCGAGCGAGAAGGGGGGAGUUGGAGGAGGUAGCAGACAAGGAAAGCUCCGACGACGAGAAUCAACUUGAUGUGGGAGCUAUCGGUUCAAGUGAGCUGAAUACGGGACAAGUACCCAAUAUCGGAUUUGAGAGUGUACAUACUGCUCCAGAUACAACGACUUCUGCUAAAGAAGCCCCGGUUGAGUUGACCGCUGACCAGCUUGAGCGCAUUCGCCAGAACAGGCUUAAAGCUAUUGAGCGCAGAAAGGCAAUACAAGUAUCGAUAGCAGAGAAUCAGCCAAUGGAAACUGACACUCGGCCAGAGCUUAUCGCAACUGAAGGCACAGGAAUUAUUAGAGAAGACGCCGAAGGUUUACCGAAAGAGAUCGAAGUUUCGCCGAAAGUGACCAAAGUUUCACCGAAACAGACCGAAACUUCACCGAAAGAGGCCGAAGUUUUAUCGAAAGAGAACGAAAUUUCAAUGGAAGAGACCGAAGUUUCACCGGAAGAGACUGGAGUUUCACAGACAAAGAACGGCAUUUCACAAAUUGAGGCAGAGGUUCAAGAGAAAGAGAUAUAUUUUCCAUCCAAGGCGAUAGAGAUUCUAGCCAAAGAGGUAGAACCUCUCCUCGUGGAGGUACAGCUUCCACCGAAAGCAACAGAGCAACCAGAAAUCACUCCCGAUUAGAAAAAGGGGUUCGAAUCACGACGUCACUGAUGCAAAUGUUUGUCUGUAUUUGUGAAAAUUGAUAACGUAAUAAGCAAGCUAUAAAUUAACACAAGGCUAAAAAAAAGUAUGUUGAAUGCCUUUGUGAAGGUGAAAUAGACUAUUCAACGCAACUUCUUUGCACUUCACAGAGGCGUUCAACAUACUUUUUCAACCUUGUGUAGAUUACUCUUGUUUCAGGCCCUGUGUUAUAUUUGGUAACCAACGUCCACCAUACCUAUAUCUUUGCACUUCACAGAGGCGUUCAACAUAUCUGAUAUCAACAUUCAUGAUCUAUAGCUUGUCUACACCACGCCUGGGGAGACCAUCUAGUUUUUCUACAGCUUGUCUGAAGUCUUUCUAGUUAUACCAUAACCUAAUAAAGCCGCAUUGUCACCAGUGUACUUCCCGAGGUCCGACGGAAACCUCAACCGUUGAAAGACAAAAGAAUCGAUUAAAAUCCGAGAUAUUAAACAUACCAUCCGCUCUAAAUUAUCAAUCACAUCCUCAAAGAAACUUCCAGUAAACACACUGCUUUCAAUAUUUUGAAAUAUUUUUCGCGUUUUCUGUUAAAAAUCAUCGGAGAUUGUUACGUAAUCGACCGGAAGUAAACUGCUGACAAUGCGGCUAUAAGCAGGUACAUACUGUUCACAUAUAGAGACUGCUUUAUUAAAAUCAACUGCUUUAUUCACGUAUAAGUUUUAUAUCAAAGACAGGUGGCUCUAAAAUCAAUCGAAUGGCUUAUAUCUUUGCGUGUUAGGGUUUCAGCACUAAUGACGUUACAAAGUACGCACCACCUCGUUAUACGUUGAAAUUACAAACAGAGGAAUGAAAUAAUUAAAAAUCAAAACCUGUAAGAAAACUUUUUAAAUAAUUAUUUGAAUGAUAGUUUUUGUUAUAAUGUGAAACAUGCUGUGUGUGUGUGUAUUGUGUUUUUAUUUUAACGUUUGUGUAAUCGAUUAAAUGAAUUAUUAGAUCCACCCGAGCUUGAAAGUAUGGGUUGAAACAAUGGGAUCAAGGGCAAAUCUCAACUACUAUCUAAGCAUGCUAAAACUUCAUCACGCCACUGAAAUUUACGCUUAUAAACUGAUUAUAUCGUCAGUUAACAUCAUCUCUCAGAAGAAAUUCAAGAAUAAAAAAACACUAGUUA